AUGACAGACAUAUUGGUGGACGCGUUGCCGUACAUAGAUAUGGGUUUCGAGGAGCCGGGCGUUCGUGAGGCGGUGCUGGAGAUGGUGUCGGAAGAGACGCGAAGAUAUAAGCCGACGAAGAACUAUUUGGACCACUUGUCGGACCUGAAUCUGCGGGCCUUCGAGACGGAUCUGAUGCGCACAGAAGUGGACAGACUUCACAACCGGCAACCGAUGGACAUGUUGUCGAUGAAGAGGUACGAACUGCCGGGUCCUGCGGCCGGCAAACUCUCGGACCUGUCCGCGUGGACUGAGUCUGUGGCCAACUCUAUGGCACAACUGCAACACCAGUCGAUCAGAAUCGACAACUUGGAGCUCAUGCAGAGGUUGGGCGCCGAGGGGUGGAAGCAAUACAACCACGCGUUGAGCCAAAUGCAGGCCAACGCACAGAAAGAGUUACUCGAACUCAGGAAACAAAUACAAGAAGUGAAUUGGUUUCGGAAGAGCUCGCAGACGGCCGCCGGCGACCAGAUCAAGCACUUGGAGUCCGAGUGGGUGUCACUCGUCACCAAGAACUACGAGAUCGAGCGCCAGUGUCUGCAACUGGAGGUCGAGAUAUCGGAGUUGGACCGCAAACUACAGGACAAACACAGCGAACCCGCGCCUCAAGAAGAUAGUGAACAAAGUGGUGCCAAAGAGGACUGA